UUCUAUAAAUUCAUAACAAAAUCCGAAAUCUGAAGGAAAAAAAAAAUCGAAAAACUUAGAAAACACAAAUGAAGAGGAAACAAGGAAAUCCAACCCGUUCAUUAGCCAUGGUCUUGGACUGCUCACUAUCCACGGUAAGGGAUAGUCCUAAGGAAAACAAUGCAAGCUGCAGCCAAAAAAGAUCAAUGACUGCUGCGUCGUCAGCGCCUGCAGCAGAUAAAGCUGAAGAGAUUCGAGCGAGUUUGGAUCCCAAGUUCCCCAGUGUUGUUAAAAUUAUGAUCCGAUCAAGUGUUUCUGGGGGGUUUUGGCUGGGUCUUCCCUCAAUAUUUUGUUCUUCGAGUCUACCAAAGAAGGAUACCAAGUUUACCUUGGUGGAUGAGGAUGGAGAAGUGUAUACUGCAAAAUAUCUUCCUCAGAGGUUAGGAUUGAGUGGUGGCUGGAAAGGGUUUGCCAUUGCUCACAACUUGGUGAAGGGAGAUGCCUUGGUGUUUCACUUAGUCGAGCCUACCAAAUUUAAGGUUUACAUAGUAAGAGCACACCCGUCUGCUGUAGUUGAUGACGAUGAUGAUGAGCUCCAGAACAUGGAAAAUAAAGCAGAAGGAAGUGACACAGAUGGUGAUGCAAGUGGCAUGGACAUGAAGAAAUCUAAACUAUGUCAUCCUUCGACCGUCCAGCUUGGCGAGGUACAACAAGAACAUUUUCCGGUACCAGCAGGUUCGGAUCACUCUGAAGAUCAUAGCAGCGAAGAGGCAAUUAAAUCAGUUAUUCUCGAAGGCCCGAGUAUUCCCUCCUCUAUUGAGGAGUUUAAGAAAAUCAAUAAUUUAGAGAGUUUCACUGUAACAGCGAACGAUCUGACAACAAAUUCUGAGAUACCUGAGCAUGUUUGUAUUGCAAAUGAAGAAGAAUCAUUUGACUUGAAGAGGUACGAUGAAGUCAUGAAUCGGAAGAGACGUGUCAGAGGGGAGAUAAUGAAACUUGAACAGGAAAGGUUUAGACUGACUAAUAACUCCGUCAGAUUAGAUAGAGAAAGGAUGAAAGAAGCAUUUGACUUGAAGAGGUACAAUGAAUGAAUGGAGGCAUGAAUUGGAAGCAUCGUGUCAAAGGUGAAAUAACAACUCUUAAAUGCAGAGUGAGAUUAGAUAGAGAAGUGAAAACUCUGCAACUGGAGGCAGAGAAGCUUGAAUCGACAAUUGAGAGCAAGGUUACUUCUCCUUCUUGAUUUCAUUCAAUGUUCUGGUCUUUAGUUAUCAUCGCAUUUGACAUAUGUUGGAAAAACUAACCAACCAAGUAGGGAUUCUAUGGGUGAUUUAUUUUAUUUUAUUUUUAUGUGGGAUUGGAUUACUUUUCUUACGAAAA